UAUAUCUAAUAAUGUUAACUGUCCGCAAGGCGAAGAAAGAGUUUAUGAUCUUAUAAUCAGUAAAGGAUUUUUUGCUCCUGAUGGUUUUGGACGAGAUAUGUUUCUCAUAAAUGGCACAUUUCCCGGUCCUACCAUUAGUUGCAAUAAAGGUGACGUACUAGUGUUGAAUGUUAAAAAUGUUUUGGAUGAAACUACUACACUUCAUUCUCAUGGAAUAUUCCAACGCGGGACUCCUUGGUAUGAUGGUGUCCCUGGAGCAUCUCAGGCCCAAUAUAUCGAAGGAGCUGCUGGUGCUAUUGUAAUUCAUGAUCCCGAAGAUCCUUAUAUUAAAGACUAUGAUGAAGAAAUUGUCGUGUUAUUACAAGACUGGUAUCAUGACGAUUCUAGAAUUUUAAUAAAACAAUUCUUAACUCCUGAGAGUCAAGGAAAGGAACCAUCUCCUGAUAAUGGAUUGAUUAACGGAAAGAAUUCUUUUAAUUGUUCGUCAGCUUCACCAGAUAGUCUUUGUGAUAAAGUAAUUGAAGUUGAAGGGAUGAUUACUAAACGUCAAAAAGUUCAUCGCCUUCCUAUUAAUAUUGGUCAACGUUAUUCAGUCAUUGUGAACGCCAAUCAGCCGAUAGAUUCGUAUUUUAUGCGGGCAGAAAUGGAAACUUCUUGUUUAGCCGUCGUUUCACCCACUCUCAAUUCUAUAGUAAAGGCCAUUGUUGAGUAUGAAGGAUGUAAAAGUCAAACUCCAUCAUCAUCUGCUUGGAGUGACAUUGUUCAAAAUUGUACAGAUUUGGAUCCUAAUCAACUACAAUCUUACUAUCCACAACAAAUUCCUGAGGCUGAUGAUAAAAUAAAAUUAAUCGUUACUUUCCGUCCCGAUGAAAAUAAUGUCACAAUGGGUUUUAUAAACAAUUCAACUUAUGUGAUAGAUACAAAAAAUCCUAUUCUUAAUAAAAUUUUUGAUGGUGAAACGAACUUUGCCCCUAGUCAAAACGUUUACUUAAUUAAUCAAACUAAAGUUAUAGAUAUCAUUUUAAUAA